AUGACAGCUCCACUGUGCCGAAAUGACAGCUCCAAUGGGAAGCGCAACUGCUGCUGGGUCUUGAUGCGCUGUGCCGAAAUGACAGCUCCAGUCAUGCAAUAA